GAAACCUGACAGAGGGUGAGAUGAGUCCUGAGCUAAAGGGACCAACACAGGCCUGGAGUAGUGUCCCAGAAGAAGAUGGUCAUCGGAGAAGGAGAGGCCUGCUGGGCCCACAUAACCAUGAGGACAAUCUGUUCCUCUCUAGAGCAGAAAUGUUUGCUAACGUCUGGACAAAAUGAGUGUUGGGUGUGUGGGUUGGGGCCAGUUAAGGUAGGAGCAGCUUUAACACUUGUGGGAGUUCCAAUAGGGGUAGAUCAAGACAAUGCAAAUGGCUGAAACAUUCGUAGGCCUCCUGUAGCUCAAUUGGUAGAGCGUGGCGCUUGCAACGCCAGGGUUGUGGGUUUGAUUCCCACGGGGGGCCAGUAUGAAAAAUGUAUGCACUCACUAAACUGUAAGUCGCUCUGGAUAAGAUGUAAAAAAUGUAGUAGAGAUACCACGUAACCCUGACCGCAUGACAUUUUUUGCAUUAUACAACCACACAGGUCCACCGUCUUUUGCUAGGCCAGAUAAUACUUUACUCCCACCUAUUUCAGUAGCUGGAGUGAUGACAGCCCCUUGGUGUAU